CAUCCCCCAAAGUGUCAGUGUUGCGAGGAAAUGGGGCCCCCGGAGCCCACCGGCGGGGAAAACUGGAGGCGGGCAACCAGCCACGCCCCAGCGGGGCAAAGGCAACAGCGCCCAUGUUUUGCCCGAGGUCAUCCACCCAACCACCUGCUAACCUCAAUCUGGUGUUUACAAACAUGAGCGGCCCCCCAGGAAAAACGGUGGACCCGUGGGCGCGUGCUUGUCGAGCGGGCGCCAUCUCAUCGGCUCCCGCCGUCACUGAACCGGUUUCCGGAUCGAUUUUCCGGCAAUUGGGGGCCGACCGGCAGUCAAAGGUCGGCGCGAUCGAUAAGCGGCGCGAAAAGUGCGCGUUUCCCCCCAGUGUCGCGACGCGUGUUUGCAGUGCAAUAGCGUGCGGGCCCCCAUUGUCCCAGGCGCGCCAUGAAGCUGAUCCCCGUCACCUACCAGGGCUUCGCUGCGAUGGAUCGGCGCUUCAGCAGCGCGAUGCUGCCGUGGAUCGUCGCUGAGAUCCGGCGGCGCCGCUACAACGACAAGGUGACCGACUUGUACCGGCAGAUGAAGGAGCAGAGCCAGGGGCCGGCGCCGCGCCAGAGCAGCAGCGCCGGCACGCUGACGUCGCUCUGCGUCGCCAUCUCGCCCAGCUCGAGCAACUUCUUCGAGGUGCUCUACAUCGGCAAGAUCAAGGAGUGGCAGAAGCGCGUGCCCGACACCUUCGUGGACGACGCGCUCGAAAAGUUCCGGCUGCACGAGCUGGAGAAGCAGCGCCUGAGCGCGCAGCAGCGCCCCGGCUCCAUGGAGGACGUGAGCGGGGGGCCGACGCCGCCCGUGCAGCGCUCCGCCUCCUGCCACCUGCAGCUGGCCGAGGAGCUGAAAGCGGCCGUCGACACGGACGACCACAACCGCACCAUGGUGCUGCAGGUGGACCGCACCGACCUGCGCCUGAUCAGCCCCGACCGCAAGGUCAUUCUGCUGCACAAGCAGCACCUGGACGUCACCACCUGCCUGCAGGGCGUGGCGCGCGCGGAGCACUUCGGCUUCAUCUGUCAGGAGACCGCGCCCAACCGCAUGCCCACCUACAUCGGCUACGUGUUCAAGUGCGAGUCCAGCUCGAUAGCGGGCGACGCCGUCGCAGCCAUCACGCAGGCGUUUCUGAACAGCGAGCCGCGCGCGCGCCCUCUGGUGACGUCGUGCGAGCAGUGCCCGAUGGUGUGGUUCCAUCGGCUGUGCGCCGACGUCGAGCACCUGCCCGACAAGAAGACGCAGGCCGCCAUCUUGCGGCGGCUGGAGCAGCUGGAGGCCGACGAGCAGAUGGCGCUGCUGGGCAAGUUCAGGGGCGCCGACGCCGAGUCGGUGCGCGAGCAGAACGAGUUCCUGAUGAUGCUGCUGCGCGCCCACUGCGAAGCCAAGCAGGCGCGGCACAUGCACGACACGGCCGAAAACCGCACGGAGUUCCUCAACCAGUACCUGGGGGGCGGCGCCAACGUGUUCAGCAAGGCCAAGAAGUCGUUCGACCAGUUCCUGAAGCGGCGCACCUCGACCAAUGAGCGCCAGAUGAGUCUGCCCAUCGCCCCGCCCAGUCCGGAGGGCUUCCGCUCGCGCGCCUCCAGCAUCGAGGGGGCGGCCACGCCCAAGUCGCCCAUGAUGGACAUCUUCCGCAAGGUGGGCAACAGCCCCAAGGGGGCGGAGCCCGGCACGUGGCGGCAGGCCAUCUUCAAGCGCGUGGUGGCUGCGCAGCAGGAGAUGGAGGCGGAGCCGGCGGCUGCGCGCACGCCCCGCGAGCUGUGGCGGCGCGGCAUCAAGCAGGCCAUCCUGCUCAUUCGCAUGGAGAAGGAGAACGAGCGGCUGAAGGCGCGCCAGGAAGAGUCGGCGGUGAAGCGCAUCAAGCUGGAGUACGACGAGAUGAAGCCGAGCCAGCGCGAGGUGAUGGAGGUGUGGGAGAUGCUGACCAAUAAGGAGCUGCACGUCAAGUGCGACAAGCCGAUGCUCCUGCAGGCCAUCCGUCAAGGCGUGCCGCGCGGCAAGCGCGGCGAAGUCUGGCAGUUCCUGGCCGAGCAACAUUGCAAAAAGUCGGCGCCCCCCGACCCGCAGCGCUUCCCCAGCUACAACACGCCCUACGACCAGUUGCUGCGCCAGCUGACCGCCCACCAGCACGCCAUCCUGAUCGAUCUGGGCCGCACCUUCCCAAGCCACUCCUACUUCAGCAGCCCGCUCGGGCCUGGCCAAUUGGCGCUCUUCAACCUGCUCAAGGCCUACUCGCUUUUGGACCCCGAGGUCGGCUACUGUCAAGGCUUGAGCUUCGUUGCCGGCGUUCUUCUGCUGCAUAUGGAGGAGACGCAGGCGUUCGGGCUGCUGCGCCACCUGAUGUUCAGACGGGGCAUGCGGGCGCAGUACCUGCCCGACAUGGUGGGGCUGCAGGUGCGGCUCUACCAGCUGUCGCGGCUGCUGCACGACCAGAUGCCCGACCUCUACCGGCACUUGGACGAACACGAGGUGGCCCCCACGCUCUAUGCUGCGCCCUGGAUCCUGACGGUGUUUGCGUCGCAGUUCCCGCUCGGGUUCGUGACGCGCGUCUUCGACUUGGUGUUCCUCGAAGGACCGGACGUGGUGUUCCGGGUGGCGCUCGCGCUGCUCAGCCACCACAAGGAGCGCAUCUUGGCGUGCGCCAGCUUCGAGGAAAUCAUGGCCUACKUCAAGACCGAGCUGUCCAGCGUCGACAAGCCGGUGCUGGACCAGCUGACGAAGGCCAUCUACACCACCGAUGUGGGCCGGCAGCUGGAGGAGUACAAGGUGGAGUACCAGGUGCUGCAGGAGGAGAUGGCGUCGGUGCAGCCGCAGGUGGAGGCGCUGCGCAAGCUGGAGGCGCAGAACGCCGCGCUGACGGCGCAGAACAAGUCGCUGAGCGGGCAGCUGGAGCUGUCCGUAGCCAACGUGCAGCGACUGGAGAAGACGCGCGUGCUGCAGCAGGCGCAGCUCAAUCGGCUGGAGAUGCAGAGCCGCGGCYUGGACGUCACCAUUGCCACUCUGGGCGGGUUCAUCAGCCGAUUGGCCGACGACACGGCCAUGGACGUGGAGAUUCCGGACGAAGUGCGGCGCAUCUUGGCGCAGAUCCGGCUGUCGGAGCGCAAUCAGAGCGAGGCGCGCGGCCAGAACAACCUGCUGCGCCUGCUGCAGGAGAAGGAGGCCCGGGCCGCGCCCCCCGUCAUGGUCAAAUCGCUGAGCACGGGGCGCAUCGGCCUGCCCACCGGCCUGGACCCGAUGGAGCGCACCCACAGCCUAAACGCCGCCCCCGAGAAGAAAUCCCCGUUCUUCUCCAGCUCGCACAGCAACAUCCUGGAGCAGCAACGGUUGCAUAACAGCCCGCUGGGCAGCCGCAUCGACAUCAAGGUGCAAGAGUGCGACAGCGAGUCGGCGGACGUCUCGCCCACUCACUCUGUUGACAGCGGCGUCGGGACGCCCUCCAGCCCCAGCAACCACCCGCUCAGCAAUUGUGGCGACGUCAGCUUCACCUACAGCGGCACCAAGGAGCUGAAGCACCUCAAAAGCCUCAAACAGUGCCAGCGCAACUCCAGCCCCGAUCUGCUCUAGACCUGGCGGUGCCCUAGAGGCUGGGGUAUAAGUUUCUUGGUUUUUUCUAGUUUAAGUUUUAGAUGGCCGAGUAUUAGUGGACGUUUUCCGUGUGAUAUUAGUUGUAAUCCCCGCCUCCCACUCCCGAGUUUCCCACUCCCCUAGACAGUGGGCUGCAUCAAUAAAGUUUUCAAAACGGG